AUUCGGUUUCUAACCUCUGUUCUGAUCACUCGAAUAUUUUCUCUGCGCGCUUUCUUCCUGUUGCUUUUCUUUAGUUUCUUGUUAAGUUUUUUGUUACGCUGUGUUUGUGUUGUUUGUUAUUGUUGAGUUAUUGUGUUUUUAUAUUGUUUCGCAUAAACGAUAUGGAACCUCAACCAAGCACGUCGAGCAAAAGCUCUUUUUCCCAAAAAAAAGGGACCAGGGGCUUCUCUUAGAGAUACCGAAAAGCUUAUGGUACGCAAUGUCUACAAAUACGUAUUUGAGCAGGAAACUGCUUCGGUAUUACCUACUGAAUCGGUAUGACCACAAUGUUCAGUGUAUUAAAAGAAUACAAACAAAACGAGCAAUUUAAGUCUCCUGAAAAACUUGGACCGAUACAUAAUUUCAAGAAUAAAUUGGACGAUUUCACCUUAGCGGCUAUAAUGCGAAAAGUACACCAAUUUUUUAAGCAAAUGAUACCCACCAUUGCAAAGAUUCUUAAGGUUAUUAAUGAUGACCCAGAUUAACAGAACUUCGCUUGGAGUACUUUGAGGAAAAUUUUAUAACACUUAUAUUUUAAAUACGCCACAAAUUCAAGAAAAAGCGUGUUAAUAGACGCUAUAUUGUUUUGUCGAUCGCCAGCGAUACCUUAAAAAAUUAAAGAUUAUCGCAGGGAAGGAAGGUACAUUUAUUACCAAGAUGAAACCUGGAUCAACGAUGGUCAUACACCGAAGGAGCAAUGGAUUGACCAGACUGUGCAAUCGUCCCGGCAGGCAUUUUUAGAAGGGUUGACCACCGUCUUGAAAAGGCAAACGGCUAAUUAUUAGCCAUAUAGGCGGGGAAGAAGGAUUUGUAGAAGAUAGCUUACUUUUGUUCGGGGCUAAAAGAGGAAAAGAAGAUUACCAUCAAGAGAUGAAUGUUGAGUGUUUUGAGGAGUGGUUUAGUGGGGUUUUGCCCAAACUAAAACUUAAUUCCGUAGUGGUAAUGGAUAAUGCCCGCUGUCACUUCAGAAAGUUAGAAUCGCUGCCUACAAUGUCUUGAAAUAAACCAAGAAUACAAGAGUAGAUGGCGAGCAAAAAUAUCCCAUUCGAGGCACAAAUGGUAAAAGUUACUCUUAUAGACAUUGUACGGCAGCACAAACAUGAAUACUGCGACAAGUAUCGCAGUGUUCAUGUUUGUGACGACAUGGCAGCGGAGCGUGGAGUCACUGUUUUACGUUUGCCCCCUUACCAUUGUGAACUCAAUCCUAUUGAAUUGAUUUGGACGCAGGCCAAAGGGUUUUUUGCAAGAAACAACAAGACCUUCAAUAUGAAAGAUGUAAAAAAGCUUUUCGAAGAAGGACUAAAUGAAGUGACUGCCGAAAAAUGGAGUAGCUGCGUGGCUCACAUAAUAAAAGAAGAAGACAAAAUGUUUGAUCUCGACCUGAGAUCUGAGACACUAUCGACGUGAUCGAUAUUUUAUCGUAAUUUUUAAAACCUUUAGUUAAAAUUUUUUUUUUACCAUUCAGUCGUUUUCUUUAUAAUUCAUUUUGUUUUCCGUUCAGUCAUUUAAUCAUAACACUAUUUUUGAUUCAUCAAAACCUGAAAACCCAGUAAACGUCAGGCAGCUUCGUUUAAUUAAAAAUACGACUUUACUUCAAAAAUUACCCCGGACAGACAGAUAGACAAACAUAUUCAAAAUGGUUAUUUAUGAUUUAAUAGCUUGUAAAUAAUCUGAGCAUAACAGAAGUCAGUUAUUUCUAUACUACAAUUUAAUUUACAGUAAAGCUUAUGUUUAUUGUGUAAAAUAUCAAUUUAAAUAACGCGUAAAAUUCUUAUGAAUUAUACAGUAUUAAUUUUGAAAGAGUAGCCAAAUUUUAAAUUGUUUCAAAUAUAUAAAUAAUAUAUAAAUAAUGAUAGUAAAUAAGCUUCUACUUUUAUUAGAAAUUAUCCCAAAUUGAAUGUGAUUUGUGGGCAACAACGUUUAUUGCCUACCGAUCGACCCCUACGAAUGUGUGCGUGCGCAGUAAAAUCAGUUAAAAUAAUGCAUUACCACGCAUUCUGAAUUUAAAAGAUAAAAAGGACAUAAUUAUUGAGAUUUUUUUAAAAUUAUUUUUCUUCAUCAUUUGCCUAUAUUACUCAUUUUGAACCUUCCGUGCAAAUUUGGCCGGUCAUUGC